AUGCAGAGAGGGAAGCCCUACAGAGCACUGCCUACCGUAGUACAGACCUUCUGCCAGAAGCACGGCCUGAUGUCCGAGGUGGUUGAUCUGAGGUGGGGUAUUCGGAACACCGAGGCCACCAACCACAUGACCACGGAACUCUGCUUGGAGGAGCUUGACUGGUGUCGGAAAACAUCCACAGGGCCAGCUUUUGUUGCCCUCGUAGGUGACCAGUACGGCCCCCGUCCUGUCCCCUCGCUGAUCGAGGAAAAGGAGUGGGAGGCGCUGAAAGCUCAGCUGAGCGCCAGGCCACGUGACCUGGAGCUGGUGGCACGACGCUUCCGGACAGACGAGAACGCCGUGCCCCCCACCUACCUGCUGCAGACCCUGGGCAGCAGGGAGGCCCGUGGGCCCGAGGAGGCCACCCUGACCUCUGCACUGCGCUCUGGAGCCCGGGAGGCCCGCAGGCUGGGCCUCAUCACCCAGGAGAAGUGGCACCGCUACCACCGGUCAGUCAUUGAGGGGGAAAUAGAACGGGGCCUGCUGAGCUCAACAGACGGGGACCAGGGGGCGACCGUCUUCCUGAGAGAUAUCCAAGACCUCAACAAACACAUCCUGGAGGUCUGUGCCCUCAAGAUGGUGGACCAGCUUGCAGCCGGUUGCCUGGACACAGACGCCCAGAACCUUCUCAGCAGCCUCCAGGAGCGCAUCGCUGACAUGGAGCCCGGAGUUCUCAAGGCCCACCACCUGACAUGGAGCCGAGACCUGGUGGACCCCCCAAACAAGGCUCAUGGCCGGUACCCGAAGGAGCUGGGGGAGCAGUUUGUGGCCAGGGCUAACCAUCAGGUCCUCGAGUGCCUCCAGAAACUGGAGGCAGGCAGGCAGGAGUUGGCAUGGCUCUAUCAGGAGAUCCGCCACCACCUGGGGCUCAGUGCCGAGGCCCCCCGGACCUUCUGUGGGUGCCAAGAGCUCGUAACCCAGCUGGGGCAGCGGCUCCAGCAGAGCGACGGCCACCCCCACCCACCCCUGGUGCUUUUUGGACCCCCGGGCAUUGGAAAGACUGCUCUGAUGUGCAAGCUGGCUGAGCAAAUGCCAGGGCUGCUUGGCCACAAGACAAUGACCGUUCUACGGCUUCUGGGGACGUCACAGAUGAGCUCCGAUGCCCGAGGCCUGCUCCAGAGCAUCAGCUUCCAGGUGUGCCUGGCCUACGGGCUACCCCUGCCCCCUGCCCAGGUCUUGGAGGCCCAUACCAGGGUGGUCCAGUUUUUCCACACCCUCCCCCACACCGUCUCCUGCCGAAACUUUGAGUCCCUCGUGAUCCUGCUGGAUUCAGUGGAUGAGGUAGACUCUGUCCACCGUGCUCGGAGGGUCCCCCGGCUGCCUCCCAAGUGCCCCCCAAGGGUCCACCUCAUCCUCUCGGUCUGCUCAGGACAGCGGGGGGUUUUAGACACUAUGCGGCAGGUGCUCAUGGACCCAGGUGCUUACUGGGAGGUGAAACCCCUCUCUGGAAACCAAGGGCAGGAGAUGGUUCAGCUCCUCCUGGCCGCCUCGAGGAGGACACUCAGCCUGAUGCAGAGGGACCUGCUCUGGGCCAGCCUCCCGGAGUGUGGGCACCUGGGGCGGCUGAAGCUAGCCUUCGAGGAGGCCCGGAAAUGGGCCUCCACUGCUAAGGAAGCGAUGCACCAGCUGUGUGCCCGCCUGGAGCAGACACAUGGGCAUCUCCUGGUGGCCCGAGUGCUGGGCUACAUUGUGUCUUCCCGACAGCUGGCCGAGGUGGUCCGAGAGCGUUACCUGUCCUGGCCCGAGAAAGCCAAGGGUCACGGAGUCUUGGCCGACUUCUUCUCAGGGACCUGGAGCCAGGGGACCAAGAAACUCAUCACCCUGCCACUUGUGGGGAAACCCCUGAACCUGGACUGCAAGGUGGCCCCUCAGCCCCUGUGGUUCUCAGACACGGUUGCAAACCUGCGGAAGCUGAAGGAGUUACCCUACCACCUGGUCCACUCAGGCCGCAUCGAGGAGCUGCAGUGGGAGGUGCUGGGCAGCACGAACUGGAUUUCCUGCCGGGGCAUCUCCGGGGGCAUUGAGGGUCUUUUGGAUGACUUUGACCUGUGUGCCCCUCAUGUGGACUGUCCUGAGGUCAGCCUGGUCCGGGAAGCCCUCCAGCUGUGCUGCCCGGCCGUGGAGCUCCGAGGCAUGGAGAGAAGCAUCCUGUAUACAGAACUCCUGGCCAGACUCUAUUUCUUCGCCACCUCACAUCCGGCGCUGGUGGGACAGCUGUGCCAACAGGCGCAGAGCUGGUUCUGGAUGUGCCCACACCCUGUGCUGGUGCCCCUCGGAGGAUUCCUCCAGCCCCCGGGAGGACCCCUCCGGGCAACCCUCACCAGCUGUCACAAAGGCAUCACUGCCAUGGCAUGGAGCCUGGAAGAGAAGCUGCUGGUGGUUGGCACCCAGGAGGGCAUGGUAGCUGUGUGGGAUAUGGAAGAACAGCAGGUGAUCCACAUCCUACCUGGACACACAGGAGAGGUGAGGUGUGUGAAAGUGUUUGCCAAAGGAUCGGUUGCCAUCUCUACCUCGAAGGAUCACACCCUGUGCUUGUGGAACUUACUCUCUGGCCAGGAGAAAUUCACCAUUUGGGAUGGAGCCUCAAAAGAUCCCACUGAACCUCAGAUCUCGAGCCUUCAUGUGGAUGAAGCAAAGAAGGUUGUGUAUUCAGCAUCUAGCUCAAAGGUCAAUGCUUGGAAUUUGGAAACUGAAGAGCUGAUUUUCCGUAUCCUGGGGGAUGCCUCUGACCCCUGGGUGUGCACGGCAGUGCUGGCUUCCAGGGCCACACUGCUGACGGUGUCGCAGGGUGGCGUGGUCAGUCUGUGGAGUUCAGCCACAGGAACACUGCAAAGGAAGCAACAUUUGUCCAGCAUCAAAGAAGAAACAGUUACCUGUGGGGUCUCAGUCCAGAAACAAAGAAAGAUGGUGACUGGGUCCAGCAAGGGCUCCAUCUCUUUGGUUUCCUCCGAAGGAGACAGCCUGCUGGAGAAGUUUCCAGAAGCCUCAGUUUCCCACACAUAUGUUUCAUCCAUAACAUCCUUCCAUGGUAUCCACUUGAAUGAGGUCAUGCUAACCCAGCACCCACACCCACACCUGAGCUGUUUUGGAAGAUCCAUGCGGAUAUUCUUGGCAGACUCACAGGGGUUUCAUCGAUUCAUGGUCACCGACCUUGAACAUGAAGACACGGUGGAGACGGCCAUUUUUGGUCCUGAAAACAAUCUGAUUGUCACUGGGUCCCGGGAUGCACUCAUUCAGGUGUGGAGUCUGUCAGAGCAGGGGAGUCUGCUAGAGGUCUUGGAAGGUGUCGGGACCCCCGUGAGCCUGCUGGCCCGGGGUGGGCCAUUGGUGGCAUCUGCUUCCCAUCAGUCCUCAUCUUUUAAAGUCUGGGAUCUCACCUAUGCUCAGAAGCCAAGGGCCUCUACCCCGUUUCUAGACCACACUGGCCUCACUGCAGUGUCACACAAUGGAAGCUAUGUUUACUUCCCUAAUGGGAACAAAAACAAAGUCACCAUCUGGGACUUGGCAGAAGGCAAGGAGCAAGAUGCCCUGGACACCUCUAAUGAAGUCAGGUGUCUGGAGGUCGCUGAGCAGGCCAAUCUCCUUUUCACUGGCCUUGUUUCGGGGAUCAUCCUGGUGUUCCCACUGAAUUCCAGACAGGUUGUGAUGUGCAUCCCUCCUCCAGAAGCCCAGAAAGCCAUCAACUGCAUGGCCCUUAGUAAGGACGAGGGGCACCUGGCCAUCGCCUAUGACUACAUCGUCCUGGUGCUGGACAUCAGCCCCGGGGACCCCUGUCCAGUCAUCGACAGGCCAACCUACACCUUCCUACAGCUGCCUGACACCAUAGCAAGCGUGGCUGUUCUGGCCGACUACCGCGUGAUCUAUGGCAUGACCAACGGAGACCUCUUCCUUUACGAAUGUGCGAAUUCCAAGGUGUUCCCUCUGGAGGCCCACGGGAGCCGAGUCACCUGUGUGGAGGUCAGCCACAAAGAGCAGCUGGCAGUCAGUGGGUCCGAGGAAGCCCUGCUGUGUCUCUGGGACCUUCAGGCGUGCAAGUGGAAAUUUGAGAUGAGCUACACGAAUUCUUACUGUAGAGGAGUCCAACGUGCUUGCUUCUCCAAGGAUGACAAUUACGUCUACGCAGGAUUGAAAGAUCGCUCUAUAAUCGUCUGGAGUGUGCUGGAUGGCACACUGCUGGCCAUCCAGUUUGUCCAUGCCGUGGUGAACAGAAUCAUUCCAACCUCCAAUGGCUUCAUUGCCCCCACCAGACAUGGUUAUCUCAUCCGUGAACGUUUCCAGUGCCCUUCAUCAAGAAUCUCACAACAGGACCCUCUCAAGAACUUCAAAAAAGCAGUGUGGAUGGUAAAAUCCAGGCAGAGAGAAGAGCUGGCUGCUGCUGCAAGAGCAUUCCAGGACUCGAGAUCAGGGAGUGCCCAGGGAAACGAAUCUAAAUCAAACAAAUGCUCACAAGUCUGCCUGCUAGUGUAA